AUGGCUAGUUCAGCAAGGGAAACAAAAGUGCAAAUUAGUAAGCAUAUCAGACAAUUUCAAACUUGGUGGACAGAAAAAUAUGGCAUGAUUAGUAAAGGCGACAAAGCAGUGUGUGUUUUAUGUUCUGGAACAGUGGUAUGUAGAACAUCGUCUGUAAAACGGCUUUUUGAAACAAAUCACAAAUUCGUUAGUCAAAAAAGCGAACCAGAGCAAAAGGAAAUAAUUGCAAGUGCAAUGAAAGACAGAAAUAAACAGUCCACUUCUAUGAUUAAAUAUGUUGGCAAAAAUUGUCAUACGAGUGCGGCAAGUUACUCGGCUGCAAAUAUCAUUGCUCGGCAUAGUAAACCUUUACAAGAGGGAGAGUUUUUGAAGGAAGCCUGGCUAGCAUGCGCGCUCUCACUUUUUGAUGAUUUUGAUAACAAAGAUAAGAUAAUUCAGCGCAUCAAAGAUACCCCUCUAUCUAGAAAUAUAAUAAACGAAAGAAUAUUAAAAUUGGCUGGAAAUGUAACAGAUCAACAAAAAAUUGACAUUAACUCCGCUCUUUUUAUAUCGCUAUGUCUUGACGAAAGCACUGACAUCACUAAAUCUGCACAUUUAGCUGUUAUUGCACGAUAUUGUGUAGGAAACGUCAUUAAGGAAGAAUUAAUUGCGAUAACAUCGUUGCUAACAACUACAAAGGGCACAGAUAUUUGUACGGCUGUUAAAAAUUUACUUAUUGAGAAAGAGAUGGAUUUGAAAAUAAUUGUUUCGGCAACAACUGAUGGUGCUCCAAGUAUAGUGGGCAAAAAAAAUUGUGGGCUGUGCUCUGUCCAUCCUAGGAUUUUCCAACCUGAAGGUGGGGUAGAGGGUCAUAACAAUAGAUAUGAUCCAUCAAUGUGUCAAAGGGGAAAAUGUAUUGUUAUGAAUAGAUCUUUGAAGUAG